AUGAAGGCUCAACUUCGGAUACCAAUUAUCCUACUAGUUUCUUCAUUUUUCACUGCAAACAAAGCUGAAAAAAUCGAUGAUUCAAUUCACUAUUAUAUUUCAUUCACAAGUGAUUCCACUUUCAUCAAAGACCCUCCUCCGCUAGAAGACAGUGAAUUAUCAGAUGAUUAUGUGAAGAUUAUGUCGAGGAAUAAUGAACGAUUCGUUUGUAAACUGCCACAUAUUGGUCCGGACGAGAAAAAGGCCAUCGACUAUUCGGGACCGACGGCUGGAAAAUUAUUGGAGACAAUGUUGUAUAAGGACAGUAUGUGCUCGUUCUUGAUAGAUGUAUAUUGGACUUAUCAGGUAUGUCACGGUCGUUACGUGCGGCAAUACCACGAAGACAAGAAUAUAGCUGGACAUGUCGCCCUGACUGAAUACUUCCUUGGAAAUUUUGAUUCCGCUCUGACAGCAUCCACGAAUGAACAUGUAAAACCUCAAACGCGACGAAUUGAGAACGAAGAUUAUCCAUAUUACUCGGUUACAUACAAUCACGGUACAACAUGUGAUGUGACUGGAAAACCAAGAACGACGGAUGUUGUGUAUAUCUGUGUUGCAAAAGUGCAGCAUAAGAUUCUUUCGGUCACCGAAAUAUCAUCUUGUCAUUAUGAGAUUGUGAUCAUGACUGAUCUAUUGUGUAGACAUCCAGAAUAUCAACUAUCUGAGAAGAAAGAUCAUAAGAUUUUAUGUUGGAAUGAAGAUGCGAAAAACGAGAAUGAAGCUAAACCAAAGACACUUCAACGCCUCGAUGACUUUCACGAUUCUACAUUUAAACGAGAAUAUACGAUAAAUAAUGAACAAGAACAUUCAAAGCUGGAAGAGCGUGAAGAUGAAGGAGUUAUUGAUGCUGCAAAUUUUGAGAAAUUGAGAGAAAUCAAUCAACAUGGGUACAUUUUAAGUGGAGUUAAAAGAUUCAAAACGAAAGAAUCACUUGCCAACAAUCCAGCCGUCGUUCAUCACACAGUAAACCGUAUCAUAACUGGAGAAGAUUGUAUUGUUGGAGGAACUGGAUGGUGGAAAUAUGAAUUCUGUUAUGGAAAGCAUGUUAUCCAAUUUCACGAAGAUGCUAACGGCCAACGAUCUGAUAUUUUAUUGGGUCUUUUUGAUGAAGUCGUUCAUAAAGAAUGGGUUAAAUUAGACCCAAAGAACCGAGGAGCUAUCGAGGGUCCUGACCAAAUUCAUCAAAUCAGACAUAUCUACUCAAAAGGAGAUAUUUGUGAUGAGACUCAAGCUCAUAGAGACGUGGAAGUUCGAAUCCGUUGCGCGACAGCUGAUCACAGUGCACUCUCAUUCUCAAUGCAUCUCACCGAACCAAAAACUUGUCAAUAUGUACUCACAAUAGAUAGUGAAAGGUUCUGUGAACCCCUUCAAUACGCUGACGAAUUCGGAUUGAUAGAGAUUGCACCAGUCGAUGGAAGUCACUCCAGGAGUCCACCUGCCCUCAUGGGAGAACCUGUUGAGGAGGUAGAUAAUGUGGAUGGGCAUGUUUCAGAUGAUGAAGAACAUGAAGAAGAGGAUGAUGACGAUGAAUUUAAAAUUAAAGAAGAAUUAUAG